AUGCGCUCGAGGGCGAAGGAAAACGAGAAGCCAUGCGCUUAUUGUCAUCGCACAUUCACGAAGGAGGAGCAUCUCAAGCGACAUGAGAGAUCCCAUACCGGAGAAAAACCGUUCAAAUGCCAUAAAUGCAACAGAAGAUACGGUCGCAGUGACGUCCUUGCUCGACAUCUUCAAACACAUCCAUCGGAGAUCACCAAGACGGCACGACCAAACGAAUUUGCCGGCAACGGUGUAAAUCACAUUUCACCAAAAGCCACUGAGCAUCGGGACCAAGCCCCUUUCCGAUGUGCCCCCAAUCAACCCGAAUCAGGUCUCCUUUUCCUAUCCGAACAUCGACCUAUUCCGUUGGCGGAUCACGACCACGACCAGUUACCGACACCUGCUAUCGGGUUCGCUCAACCAGCGACAGUACUUGUAACCCCGGUACAACCACCUGAACCAUCGAGUCUCAACAACAAUGAGCUCGUAGGUAAAGGAUCUUUCCCCGCACCCGAGAAGUACGCAAAUGGCCCUGGGAGUCAAACGAGUCCAGCCCUGUACUCCUCGAUUUCGGAUCCUCGGGGCAACAUCCCACAUGACUCGACCUAUGAUUCCAGUCGCCAGCCCCCAGAUAUCUUAGCACCGUUCCCAAACUUCGACAUUGAGGAUAGUGCCAGGCUCGACAGUGUUGCAUCUAAUGGAAACAUUCAUGCCAGAACUGAUGAAAAUGCCGGUGCACAGCCUGCUGGAUUUCAGUCAUCUCUUGAGCAGAUGAUACGCGACCAACCAGCGGUCUUGCCAAUGACUAAUGUAAACAAUGUUCAAGAUCUAUCUGGACAACAACAACAAGAACAACACGAACAAGAACAAGCGCAACAGCUGCCUUCGGAGGUCCCAGCCUUGCCAACCAUUGAUCACAUGCCAUUGUUAACCCAGCUGGGAAGUGCCGAUAUUGGACUUUUCAUAGUUGAUAAUGAUUUCAAUGGCUACAGCUCCCUGAGCCCAGGCAUAUUGGAUCAUUUUGACUUCAUAACACCUCGUACGCCGGGAUCCACCCCUCCAGAUGUCGCCAAAGAAACAGGGGGCAAGCCAGACAUACUAUUUUCUGAUCACCAAGUACAACGGAUGCGCCCCCUAUGGCGUGGCCAUCGGCCAGGUCCCGGAGUCCGCGUUAGCCCUUCACUCUGGCGUAGUGUUGUGCAGCAUCAAGCCGACAGUAUCUUUUCGCGGCCCGACCCGUCCGAGAACGGUCGCGCGGAGCCAAAUUCCGGCAGUCAUGGCAUUUGCGGCUGGGGCAUUGACGAAACUUGUCGGAUGGCUAUGAUUGAUUUCUGCAAAGACCUCGAAAGAGAGAUUUACGUUGACAGUUUGGCCGACUUUACACCUCUCUCAACUUCUCCCGAAAGCAGUUCCGAUGCAGAACAUGAACAGUUGAUGCCCGUGUCCUCAACUGACGGCUUUGCUAGUAUAGAGUUGAUUAAAGCUAGUUUAGACGUCUUUUUCCAGUUCGUCCACUUGCCCUUCCUACACAAAGCCACGUUUGACGCACAAACUGUUUCGAUGUCAUUAUUGCUUCCCAUACACUUCAUUGGUCUUUCAUCCCUGUACCCAGAACGAUCGAAACAAUUUGUUCUUCGGUACCUAAAGGUUGAUCUUGGCUCUCAUUCCCCCUCCCUCCACCCGGGCCCGGAGGACCUGGACGAGUGCCAAGCGCACAUGCUUUGCGUACAAAUGUUACACGUUGUGGAAAAGCACGGGAUUUUCGCUGCUUCUGAUCAUGAUAGCCUUGUUUCCCAACUGCAAGUGGGCCCCUCUGACCAUCAAGGUUCCUGGAAGUCGUGGGUCCGCGUCGAAUCUAUCAAAAGGAUGAUUUCCUGUCUCUUAUGGAUGGAUAUGGCAUAUACGCGUUUGAUGGGCAGCGCUGGUGUUGUGGAUAUUGACAGGGUAGAGCUUUAUCAACCAUGCGACGAUGCUCUGUUCGAUGCCCCAACUUCAGCUGUAUUUCUAGAGCUGGUGAAGCAUGGAACCCAGCUAAUGAUGCCGCGGGUUUCAUUCCACACCUUCUACGCAAACCCACCAGCCACUCUGAACCACUUCUCGAUCGAAACUUUCCUUGUCGCAUGGUAUUUGCAGAUUGCUGCUAUUCGUCACAGGCUCCCGAUUGGGAAUUAUGUACCUCUUGAGGUCCGCUCGCACAGUCCCCCGGAUGUCUUUUCGGAAAGCCGCAAAGCAAGGGACGUCAUUGCCUCGCUUUUAAUGCUGCCUUCAAGCUAUCCAAGUCUAUUCCAACAACGGCACAGAACCUGCGCAUUCGCAUGGCACAAUGUAAAUCUCUCUCUGACGGUGGAUCUGGAUCUUUUGGAGAUUGCCUCUGGACGUGACGGUCCUGACUUGGCUAGGACUGCACUGAUGGCGGUUUCAAAAUGGGCACAGACACCGGGCGCUCGAAGGGCCGCACUUCAUGCAGCUCAAAUAUUUGACAUCCUGUCUUCAUCGCGACUGAAGGAGUCUAAUAUUUCUAGACCGGAUCUUCUCUUGUUCAAUUCAGCGCUUGUGCUUAGCAUGUACCUGUUUGUAUCCUGCCGGGAACAGGGUUAUUGCAACGCUCCCCCUUCGAGCUUCUUCGAGAUGUGGAUUGGACGAACCUUGGUCAGGAGGGUUUGCUAA